AUGUUUCUUUCUAAAAGAAUUAUCUUAUUCUUAAUUAUUAACUUUACUUUAUUAUUACAAUUGUUCAAAUUGACUUUAUUCACCAAAAACAGAUUGGUUGCUACCGUUUCGACUUCCUUACUUCUAUUUAUCUCAAUAUAUUAUUUAACUACAUCAACAACAUCUACAUUAGGCUCAAAAUUAUCAUCGACAUUUAAUAUCAUACCUCGUUUUCUCCGUAGUAUUAUGAAUUCAGCAAGAUUUGGAAGUAGACCAUUUUCAAGAUUUAGCAAUAGCUCAAAAAAAUCAAAAGAACAAAAUUUUGCAAUUAAAAAUGGUGGUGAAAUUGGAGGAAUUAGUAAUGACGGGAAUACAUGUUUUAUGAAUUCUGUUAUUCAAUCGUUAGCUUCUUCAAGAGAACUUUUGAAAUUCAUUGAUCUGUAUUUAUAUACUGAAAUUGAAUUGGAUAAGAAAACCAAUGGUGAACCAAUAACUAUGAAAUCCAACCAACCAAAAGGAGAACUAGUUUUUACAAAUGCAUUGAAAAAAUUGUUAGAUAAUAUUAAUGGGAAAUAUGGUUCAAGAGGUAAAGAAUUCAGUACCAAACCAUUAUUAAAUAAAAUGCCUAAUGGUCCUAAACAAAAUUUUUUCAGUGGUUAUAACCAAGAAGAUGCUCAAGAGUUUUAUCAACUAGUAAUGAAUUUGUUGGAAAGAGAAUACAAAAAAAUGAGUUCUUCAAGAUUGCCAACGCCUGAACCUGAGGACAUGAACAAUGAGAAACUGCAAAAUAACAAUAAUAAUGGGAAAAAUAAAUUUAUUGAUGUUAGAAAUAUAAAGAGUGAAGUUGUUAGUGGUUGUGACAAAUUGGGUAAACUAGGUACAGUAUAUGUACCAGCAGCACAAGUUGAUCCUAAUUUGAAUGAUGCUGAACACAAAGUGUUGCCAUUAGAAUUAAUAACACCAGUUGAUGGGAUUUCUGCAGAACGUAUUGGGUGUUUGACUUGUGGUGAAGUUGGUGGUAUUCGUUAUUCAGUGAUAAGUGGAUUGAGUUUAAACUUACCAAGCACUUCAUCUUCAUAUUAUUCUGGCUUUGAUUUAUUUCAAUUGUUGAAUGAAUGGAUAAAUCCUGAAGUCAUUGAAGAUGUGAAUUGUAAUCGAUGUGGAUUAAUACAAACCAGAACUUUUUUAAAAGAAACUUUAGAAGAAUUGAAAAAUAAGUCAGAUAAUUCUGACAAAUUGAUAUCUCAAUUUGAAAAAAGAUUAGAAUUAAUUGAGAUUGAAUUGAACAAGCAUUGUAUAACUGAUGAAGUUUUCGAAAAAUUGACCAUUAAAAAACAAAUUAAGAAAAGUAGAAAAUCUAAACAAAUAAUGUUAGACCGCCCUCCACCAUUAUUGUGCAUUCAUAUUAAUCGUUCAGUGUUUGAUCCAAGAACAUAUAUGAUAGUUAAGAACCCAAGCAAUGUUUCCUUUCCAAGCAAACUCAAUUUGUCACCAUUUAUUGUCGAACCUAAAGAUAUAAAUAUGGAUGCAAGGUUACCAUUUAGAAAACAGGAUGAACAUGUAUUAUCAGAAAAAUCCAAUGGAAAUGAGUCAAUUGAAAAGUCUGAUGAGGAACUUGUAUCACCUUCAUCAACGUCUCCAAAAUCAUCCGAUUCAUCAGACUCAUCAACAAGCUCAACUGGAUUUGAUAAAUCAAAAUAUGAAUCAGAAACAAUCACUACUGCCACAGUGGCUACCGAUUUGACAAGUAACCCACAGAAUGAGUUGAUAUUGAAUUCUAAAUUGUUAUAUAAUUUAAAGGCAGUCAUAUCUCAUUAUGGGACUCAUAAUUAUGGUCAUUAUAUUUGUUAUCGUAAGUUUAGAGGUACAUGGUGGAGAAUAAGUGAUGAAUCUGUUUAUGUGGUCACAGAGGAAGAAGUGUUGAGUGGUCAAGGUACUUUUAUGCUAUUUUAUGAAUAUGAUGAUGGAUUCAAAGAAGUUUUACAAGAUGUGUCUGAUGAAGAAGAAGCAACAGAAGAAAAAGCCAGCAAUGAAGACAAACUUAAGAGGAACAAUUUAGUUGGGUCGUUAAGUAACAGCGAAGGUGAUGAGGAAAGUGAAACUAAAACUGAUACUGAUGCUGAUAUCGAUGAAAAUGAUGAAGAAGAAGAAGAAGAUGAUGAUAUAGAGUCAUCUAAUAGUUCACUUGUGAAUAUCCAUGAUGGUACAGAAAGCGACCACCUUCUUGAUAAUGACGAUAGCGAUAAUGAAAACAAUAGCACCACCCAAUUCAACAUUGCCGAAGCACAAGUACAUUUGUGA